UGGCAAUCAAAGCCUAAAGUAAAAUGUUGCUAAAGAUAUUGCUGUUUGCUGUUGGCGUGCUGGGCCUGCAAGCUGAACGCGCGCUAUAUCCAGCCGCUGGCUGGCGCCCCAGCGUGCCUUUCAAUCUGACACGCACAGGAUAUAGCGUGGAAAUAAGCAAAGCACGCGUGGAACAAGUGGAGCAGGCUCCCAACGGCAACUACUUGCCAGCAGAGGAGCAGCAGCAGCAGCAGCCUUUACCUGCUAACGAAUAUGGCGCACCUCAAGCUGACAGCUUUCGCAUAGUAUAUCCCCACGAGGAAGAUACUUCAAACUCUGCCGACUUGCAGUCGGACACUAAGGCCGGGCGUUACUAUAUUGUAUCGCCAGAUAAUAAGCUGCAGCGCGUCAUUUAUCGCACUGUGCAGGAUGCAAAGGAUAUUACUGGCGAAGGCUUUACUGCGCAGUUGCGUUAUUCCACAGUGGGCGAGCUGCAGGAUCCUGUUUACAAAUAUAAUCAACAAGGACAGCGUUUUGAAGUAAAAGCUGUAAAUAAAAGAUUUUGCAAACAUGUAUUUAAAACUGUUAAAUAA